CGGGGUUGUGUCCGGGGAGGCUGUGAUGGGUUGACAGGUGCGUGACAAUCGGAGCUCUCUGUAAGCAUGUACGCCAAAGGCAAGAGUAACAACGUACCGUCCGACAGCCAAGCGAGGGAAAAGCUAGCGCUCUACGUGUACGAGUACUUGUUACAUGUAGGAGCCCAGAAGUCGGCACAGACCUUCCUGUCAGAGAUAAGAUGGGAGAAGAACAUAACGUUAGGAGAACCUCCAGGAUUCUUACAUUCAUGGUGGUGUGUAUUCUGGGAUUUAUAUUGUGCGGCACCUGAAAGGAGAGAAACCUGUGAGCAUUCCAGUGAAGCCAAGGCGUUCCACGACUACAGUGCAGCGGCAGCUCCGAGUCCUGUCCUUGGAAAUAUGCCCCCAGGAGAGGGUAUGCCAGUCGGCCCCGUUCCUCCGGGCUUCUUUCAGCCUUUCAUGUCAUCCCGUUAUCCUGGCGGCCCCAGACCUCCUCUCAGAAUACCCAACCAGGCGUUAGGUGGAGUCCCUGGAAACCAGCCGUUAUUACCCAGUGGUAUGGACCCAUCAAGACAACAAGGUCAUCCAAAUAUGGGCGGGGCUAUGCAGAGAAUGACUCCGCCCAGAGGGAUGGUACCCCUUGGGCCACAGGCAUAUGGAGGAGGCAUGAGACCACCACUCAAUGCUCUUGGGGGUCCUGGGAUGCCUGGGAUGAAUAUGGGUCCCGGAGGAAGACCGUGGCCAAAUCCACCAAAUUCCAACUCGAUCCCGUACUCCUCGGCAUCUCCAGGGGGUUAUGUGGGUCCACCCGGAGGAGGAGGGCCCCCGGGGACUCCCAUCAUGCCUAGCCCUGCAGACUCGACAAACUCUGGAGAAAAUAUGUACACCAUGAUCAACACAGUGCCGCCCGGAGGAAACAGGCAAAAUUUCCCUAUUGGUCCGGGUGGAGAUGGUCCGAUGGGCGGCAUGGCAGGAAUGGAGCCUCAUCACAUGAAUGGAUCAUUAGGAUCAGCUGACAUGGACAGUAUGCCCAAGAACUCUCCUGGUAACCUAAGCAUGAGCAACCAGCCUGGAACUCCUAGAGAUGACGGAGAAAUGGGCGGAAAUUUCCUCAACCCUUUCCAGAAUGAGAGUUAUUCUCCAAACAUGACCAUGAGUGUGUGAAGACCUCAUUUGGAAAUCCUGGUGGAUUCCACCACAUGACAUGGAACCUGUGCAAGCGCGCUGUAGCCAGCCCUCUUCUGCUCUCUGAAGAAUAUGGGUCCAAGCCUCUCCUUUCUCUCUCCUUCCUUCGUUUCCUUUUUUCUUCAAAUGUCAUUCUUUCACCUCCUCAGCCGCGUCACAUCGAGAGACAAAGCUGAACCACAUUGGGCUGAGAAUGACGAAUCAACAGCCUGUCUAUAUUUACGUAUAUCUUCGUGUAUAUAUGUGGGUGUACAUUCAAAGUUACAUGUGCAUGUGUGUAUGAAAGGACAUAUAUUGAUCCUAGAAAGAGAGACGAUGGACUUGAACUGUUUUUAACGAAAACAAAAUCAUAUUUUCUUGAAAUAAGAUGUAAAUUGACAGAUCUAUGUAAACGGAUUUAUCGCAGGAAACACUUAUUGAGAUGCAGUGGGGGUCGAGUUCGUAAAAUGGCAGAAUCGCAAUGCUAAAAAUCAAUUUCUCAGCGAGGACGCACUGUAAUUGAUUCAUAAUCGUCUUUGUGUCAUCGAUGAGAGUUUGAUUCAUAUUUUAUUGAAACGGGUUGAGUUGUCGUUAACGGAAAUGUGUUCGUAAUUCCAACUGACACCUGUAAUUGAUCAUUUCCUACUGUAUUCGGUCUUCUCACAUCUGUGCUCCUCAAAUGCAGUCCAAUCUGAUCAAUACCCUGGAGGUUUUGUUUGUAUAUACAGGAGAUUUAUUUUUCAGGACGAUGCCUACGAAGAACAGCCAUUCCAUACGUACACAAAAUUCUUAACU